GAAUAGGUACCUAUUAAAAAAAGUAUUUUAAGUUAUUCUGUGAUGAUAAUAUAUUAAUAUCUUAUAAGUUAUAACAUUUUUCUGUGUUAUUGCUGUGGUUCGUAGAUUCUAGAGGUUCCAGUAUUUUAAUAUUUUAUUAUUUUGAUAGGAACCAUGCCACUUGGAAUUUCCUAUGCUUAUUCAAGUAAUUUUUGUUAGUGUAUGAAAUACGAUUUCAAACUUCGUAACGAAUAAUCUCAUCGUUUUCGACACAUACCUAAUCUAAAUUCUAUUGAAAAUGGAGACAAGUGAAACAACUAAUACUCCAAAAAACGCCGAAAAUAAAAUUAAACAACGGUCAACGGAAAAAGAACAACUUGUACGAGAACUAAUAGAAAUGGGAUUUUCCAAAUUACUAGUUAUGAAAUUUGUAGAUAAUGCUGGUGAUGUACCUAAAGACAUAAUUGUUGAACAAUUGUUAACCACGAGUUCAGGGCCUAUCGAAAAUAUACCCGUGGUAGAAGAUGAUGGUGAUCAAUUAUGGGAAGAUGUUACUGCAUCUUUUAAAAUGGUAAUCGUUAUAAACAUUGGCUUGAAAAUGAGUGUUGGGAAGAUUGCUUCACAAGCUGCCCAUGCUGCAUUAGGCUUAUAUGAAGUGGUUAAAGAACGUGCAGAUCUAAGCACUGAUUUAAUUAGUUGGAAUGAACAAGGAAGUCGUAAAAUUGUUGUUGAAGCAAACAACACUAAGCAACUUAUUGGAGUGUGUUCGGUGGGUAAAAUACACAAGAUUCCAUUUUUCUGUGUACAUGACGCAGGUCUGACUGAAGUGGAACCUAACUCAUUCACUGCAUUAGCUUUUUUUGGAUCUGAUCAAGAACUCAAGCCUGUAACCGGAAAACUUAGAUUACUAAAAUGAAUAACUUUUAUUUGUUUUAGAGAACAUUUAAAUCGUUUAUUGGUUAUAUAUAUUUUAUGACUUACAACUAACAUUAUUAGUUAUACAACUAUGAAUGUGCUACAUGAAAAUAUAAUAUUGUAUUCUGUUAAAAGUGAAUAAAAUUGAAAGUUAUCUGCUGAUAUAA